AUGACGGCGGGGCUUUACGGGCAUUCGCAGUCACUCAUUCAAGAGACUCUCAUAUCGACUAUUCAGGAAGUCGGUCUGAACCUGGGCGGCACGACCACCUUGGAAACUCAGCAUGCUGCGUUGAUAUGCUCGCGAUACCAGCUCGAUCGUGUGCGCUUCACGAACUCUGGCACAGAAGCAAAUCUUCACGCGAUACAAGGUGCGAGACGAUACACAGGCAAACGUAAAGUCGUUGUCUUCACAGGCGGGUAUCACGGCGGGUGUUUCACGUUCUCUGCAGACAAGCCAACGGAGGAUUGCAUAGACAAAGAAGACUGGAUCAUCGCCGAAUUUAACGAUGUCGCAGAUACCAGAAAGAAGAUCGAGGAGUCCGAUGACGUGGCUGCAGUCUUAGUGGAAGGUAUGCAAGGUCGUGGUCCAUGUAUUGUAGGCACACAUGAGUUUUUACAGCAAGUGCAAGAUUCGGCCAGGAAAGUGGGCGCGGUAUUCAUACUCGACGAAGUUCAGACCAGUCGACGUGCACCCGGGGGACUUCAAGAGUUCGAAGGCCUGGAGCCAGACAUGACCACUCUUGGCAAGUUUCUCGGUGGUGGCAUUACCUUUGGUGCUUUUGGCGGGCGCAAAGAUGUUAUGCGCGUGUAUGAUCCGCGAGAGUCGAAAGCCCUUGGACAUUCUGGCACUUUCAACAAUAACACGCUCGGUAUGGCUGCCGGAUAUGUUGGACUGUCGAAGAUCUACACGCCAGAAGUCUGCCGCGAGUUCAACACGAUAGGUGGUAAGCUUCGACAAAAGCUUGAAGACCUUAGCCAAGGUACGCGUAUGACCAUCACGGGGUUGGGGACUAUUAUGGGCAUACACUUCCUGAAGGACGGAAAGAAAGAUCUCAAGAGCUUCAGGGACCGGCAAGAGGAUGAAGAUUUGAGAAGACUAUUCUGGUUCGAGAUCAUGAAAGAUGGGUUCUGGAUGACCGAGAGAGGAAGCAUCGCCGUCAUUUUGGGCACACCCUGGGAGGCGUUGGAGCGGUUUGUUAACUGCGUGAAAGCAUUCCUUGAGAGACAUGAGGCGAUUAUGAGGCUUUAG